AUUGAAAAUUUAGUUUUAAAAACUAGUUUUUCACAAUUUCAAUUCACUCCACACCGGCUCCGUUUCCUUUGUUCACUUGCUUAGCUCUUUAUGAAAAGUAUGCUUAAAUUAACGAAUAUUUACAAUAAUAAAUUUCAAAUUCACGUCAUAGCAGAUCACACGCACACUUUGCUUGGAACUUAUUUUGUUUUGUUUCCACAUCAUUCCUAGUGAAAAUAUGAAAUUUGAAAUAUUCGCGUGUGUCCAAUUGGAUUUCAUGAACGAAAGCAUUUCAAAAUAUACGGAAAUAACUAUUUAAGUAGAGGAAAAUCGCCAAAAAAGUUGUUUGAAGAGCAAGUUGAAAUUAACAAGUAUUUUAGUGACCGUUUGAAAAUAUUUAGUUUAUUUUACUACUUAAAGUGGAUAGCAGUGUAUUUUAAAAUAGAAUUUAAUUUGUAUAGCGAAAAGCCGUUUAAUUUAUUGAAUGAACUACUGCAAGUUAGCGGUCGUCCUAAAGGAUUGAGUUGAAGCGAGAUUCUUCCUAAGGACAGAUGUGAGAGAACACAGUAUUUAUUUCCAACUAUGUUUAUAAGCGAAGAAAAGGUGGCGGGGGUUUCAAAACCAGGCCUUAGAAUUCUGACUUUUUGAAGAAAGAUUUCUUUUUUUCUAGAGCCAUUAUUACUUUUAUGGAGUUAAAUGAAAUACUUUGGGCCGGUUUCUCAAAGUCUAGUGAGCAGCCAUCGGCCAGUUAUGUUCUUGUUAAAAAAGGUUCUUUACCAAAGAAGUAGUCUUGGUUAAUCCAAAUUACGUUGUGAUUUGUGCAUAAAUCCUUGCAUAUCAGCAUUGAAGUGCAUCAAGAUUUUGAAAAAGCUUUAAUAAGGGAAAAAGCUUAAUCCCAUAUGAAUGACAAACGAUCAAAGAAGAGUAGGAAUUUGACAAUUGACGGAAAUACAUUUUGAGGUUAGAAAAAAAUUUAAAAGGCUUGCUUCAAGAUAAAACCAUAACGGCAAUAAUAAACGAAAAAAUAGUAUAAAAAAUAGCUUUUGUUGUCAGAAAUGAAGAGGAAUAUUGCAGAAAUAAUUUUGCUGCUUCGUAUUCGCCAUGGGCAGACCAACUGACUGCUAAUUUUCAGCAAUCUCCUACUUCUUCCAAUAAAAUACGGUUAUGUCCUUAUUCAUAUCCUUUGGCUGAAAAACUACUUUACUUAAUUUGAGACAACAUUGCGGCUGAAAAGUUGCACAGCAAUUUGUUUUUAACUCGCCUAGUUGGCCAUGACUUUUUCACACAAGCAGCGAGUGACGAAGGAACAAAAGUACAUUUUUUCUAAAGCGAAGAUGGUGCGCAGCAUUUUCUCACAACGUUAUAAUUACGCCAGAAUACGCGUUAACGAGGCGUUGGAUGAUGUCUUUCGGCGCAUACCAAUUUUUCCGAAAAUCGCGAAGCUGCCGAAGCUGAAGCGCACCUACUACAUUGCGACACCGAAGCCGAUGGCCGAGAAGAAGAACAAGUUAAAGCCGAAACACAAGAAAUUGCUGCCUUCCUCCGAAUGGUAUGACAGUGAUUUCAUACCGAUGACAACGCGCUAUGAACUCGAAAUAAUUUUGGAUACACCGCUUAUGGAACGCCAUUCGGGACACAACUCGAAAGGCACCUUCAGUCAUGUCUAUUGGAAGCCAGCCGAAGCGGAUGAAACGCAAACAAAUGCGCAGCUUACAGCAGCAGCCAACGCCAACGCCAGCAACGGUGAGUUGACGAGCAAAACUCAAGCUGACAAAUCGCUAUCGAUUGCGCAACCGUUGGCAGCAGCAACAAUAACAACCAGCAAUUCACUUUCAGCGACAAAUACUUCACCACAGUUUUCACAUGGUUACAGUCUAAAAAAGGAGCCCACCGAGCAAGCACCACCGAAAUUGUCUGAUGCGCCUAAAAGUUUGGCGGCCACCAGAGAAUCGCACGAUUUCGAGUUUGCAGUGCCGGAGCUGAGCAAGCGUCGGCGCAAUAAGCAUCUGGAGAAGAGCUACGAAUGUGAACAGUGCCACAAGAAGUUCGAUCGUCCAUGGGUGCUGCAUGGUCACAUGCGUCUGCAUACCGGCGAGAAACCGUUCGUGUGCCCGGUGGAAUCGUGCCAGAAGCGCUUCGCCGAUCGUUCGAAUUUGCGCGCUCAUCAGCGCACCAAAGGCCAUCACAACUGGAGCUAUCAGUGUCCGCAGUGCACCAAGGCGUUCAGCCAAGAGAACUAUUUAAGUCGUCAUAGUCUGGAGGCAUGUCGUAAAUUUUUAGCCUCGCAUAGAAACGGUUGAGUUGCAACCAAGGUUGCAUUUUGCUUCUAUUAAAUAUAGUAUUAUUUGUGGUUACGUUGAUUUUUUGUAUAGUAGUACAUACGUACUAUAUAUAAUAGAGAUAUGUGAAUGUUUUAUGAAUUUUAUAUGAUUUUUAUUGAAAUAUAUUGCAUUACAGUUAAAUUUUGGUGGUCUGUUCUAA